AUGAGCGAAGAAAUUUUGAAUGCAACAAUUGAUGGAGUUCCUAAUGCUCGAUUGCACAUACAGAACAUUCCCCCACAUGUUACGGAAGCCCAUCUGAGAACCUUAUUUGGGAAUGCAGGUUAUUUUAUUAAAGAUGUAUGUUAUUUCAAUAAAAAUAAAAAACAAUCAAAUAAUAAUUUUGUAAAUAAGAAGAUUUAUAACACAGCUUUAAUCACAUUUAAUACACAUGAAGAAGCAUUAAAUGUCUUAAAAAAUAUUAAAAACUUGAUUGACACUAGUAAUCAGGAGAAAAGUAUAGAGGCCAAAUUUGCCGUUCCAAAUGUAAAUAACAAUUCGACAGGAAAAAAUAAUAGUGGUCAUGCUGGUGGGGGGAAUACAGGAAAUAAUGGAAAUCUGGGAAACAACAACUUUCAAAACAAUUUUAACAACAAUGAUGAUUUCAACAAUGGUAGUGGUAUGAGCAAUUACAAUUUUUAUAACAAUUCUGGAGGUGCACAGAAUAACCUAGCUAACAGGAAUGUAAAAGGAAAAAAUACAAAUAAUGGAAUGAUGAUGAUGAAGAUGAUGAACAUGAACAAUGUGAAUAAUACAAACAGUGCGAUGAACACUAGUAAUAUCCAAAUGAACAAUGCCUUAUUUAAUCAGAAAAACAACUUCAUGUUGAAUAAUAAUAAUUAUGGAAAUGGGAAGAACUUAAACGAUUCUAUGAAAAUCGAUGAGGAAUUUCCCACCAAUAAAAAUGCUAAUAUUGGAAACAUGAAUAACUUAACUGGAAUGAGCAACAUGAACAUUGGAGGAGAGGGUGAUGGACGUGGAAACAAUUAUAAUAAUCAUGGGGGGAACAGUCCCAUAUCAUUUAGACAAAAUGGAAUGCAAAAUAAUAACAAUGGGAAUAUGCUUCAAGCGAAUGAUAUGGCAAUGGAUGAUAGUAUCGAAAAUGUUGAAGGUCUUAGCUUGUGGGAAAUUUAUAAAGAUAAAAAUAAUAACACAUUUUACUACAACAAUUUGACAAAGCAUAGUCAAUGGAACAAGCCCAUACAUCCAAAUAAAUUAUUUCAAUAUAAUAACAAUGAGAAAACAAAACUUAAUGGACCUAAUGGAAGUAAUUUAUUUAUUUUCCAUAUACCAAGUGAGUGGAGUGAUUUGGAUUUAUUUCAACAUUUUUGUUGUUUUGGUAAUAUAAUUUCAUCAAAAAUUCAGAGAGAUAACACAGGCAGAAAUUCAGGAUUUGGCUUUGUCAGUUAUGACAACACUAUGAGUGCACACCAUGCUAUUCAAUUUAUGAAUGGCUAUUUUGUUAAUAAUAAAUAUUUGAAGGUUCAGUUGAAGAAGGGCGAAGCCUCCGAAAAGACCCAAGCCUAA